GGUAUGAGCUCAUACUUCAGUUACUAACGCUUAUCUCUUCUACUCACUAAAUACGUGGUUACAGGAAAAGCACAACUUUAAUCUUAUGUUCUAGAUAUCUAUUCUUUUUUCAUACGCUUUAUUUAAAGCUUUAAACUCAUAAUUCUUAAACUAACGCACCCAAGAAGAAAGACCUCGCUUGCGACCACGACGAUUACGUUUGACACAAAAUAAACACAACCAAUUCCCUUAGUCUUGCUAGGUUUAUAGCUUCUGUAUGUAGUAAUCGAAGCAUACAUAUAAGAAGUCGGGGGGCAAAGCGUAUUAUUUCCUUUUAAUCUGUACAACGUCGUGGGGUGCUGUAGAAAAAUGAAGUGGUAAAGAGCUGCUGUUCAUUGAAAUACAGCUGAGACUCCUACAAUUCAGAAUUUUCCCGCAGAUAAUACACAAGCCUGAAGGGUCCGCAUUUAAAGAUCCACAAAACUUAGCAGAAAACUGAAAAUGUAUUUAGCGGAUGUGACGCCUGGUCAUUUCUGCUUAAUGAUGCCUAACAUUUGUCGAUCUAAAAAGUUAGACCUCUUAAAGCAGCCAAUAGUGAAUUGAUUUCAAAUAAAUUUUUAGAAGAUAGAAUUCAGUGCUGCCGAGGUCAGACAGGGCAUCAUAAAUCAGUGCAAUUAACUAUCUUAUUGAUAUUCUUGUUGCCAAUAGAUUUUGGACGACUGGCUUCGAAUUAAAGGACACGGGACGAAAUAAACGUAUUUCUACACAGAGAGGCUUCUUCAUGCCUUCAGCUGCAUAAAUGAUGUUAUGACUCUCUUUUACGACCUAAGGCCAAACUCAAAAAUAAACGCUUCGAGUUUCACCUCUGUAACUGUCGUUAGGAGUCGCUUCAGACGUUUUCUGCACAGAACGAAAUGUGUUUUUGCCCAGUUUCAAACCCAGACCACCUCCGCGCUCCUAAACUUAGAAAUUUGGGAGUACGUCGUAGAUACUGUGAGGGUCUCCAAGUCAAGGACCGGCCCAAGAGAAGUAUCUAAAUACGGUAUUAUUGCAUUCUUAUCACGAGAUUUUAGGCGCGAACCUAAAUGUUAUAAACUAAAAAUGGACUCCUCUGACAUGCAAUCAUGUAACUAGCACUCAGCUCCACAGGGAAUACGAGGCGAGUGAUCUAGAGGCGACAGGCCGUUUGAUUAAGAUGCAGCCAGCUUUCUACUGUAUAGCAAGUAAUUGCAGAAAUGUUACUAUAAUGUUUCAGUAUAUAUGCAGGCAUAUUCAGGUGAGCUAACAUUACGUGACGCUAAUAUCGUUCUAUAUCUUUCCUGGAUACUAAGGCAGUAUUAAGCAGCAACGAAUUUCCCUUUAGAAUGUCAACCCAACCCACAUCCUUUGUUCGUGAUGGGCGAGGCAUUCCGUUCGGAAAACGACGUUGAGCUUUCUCUCGCGCGAUCUUCAACCUACGAAAUGUGUGGGUCACACGUGCCGUGGUUGUUUCUAUGUGUAAACGAAGCAUUUGACAUCGGUAGGUCGCUGAUUUGGCCGAGUACAAACGAGCAAAAGGGGGGCCUACUUCUUCUGCCUUGGUAUCAUCACCACCAUCAUUUGUAGUACAGUUAAUGCGAUAGUCAUAUUCACUGUGGCGGCCAGCGUUCUCACACAGGGAUCGAUGUAAACAACGGGUUGUGUUUUGCGAAUGUCAGUUGGCGCGCACCGUGGCGGCUUAAGAAGGCGGUAGCGCAGAUUGAGCCAACAAGCAAGCUUCAUCUAUCAUGGAAGCAGGCGGCCGGGGUACAGCGAGUGGUUGUAGACACGCGAUCGACGCUACAGGGGAAAGAGAUUACCUCGUAGAUGUACGCCAGGAAGGGGUUUUAAUGCAGAGGAUUUCUGAGUACUCUGCACCCGGUAUGGGUCUACCGCCUCAUGCAGCGCUCUAUCCACACAUAUAUGGAGCGACGCAGUCUCGGCGUCCGCUGACCCCACCACCGACGCCGACUUUGCCGAUUUGCCAAAAGCUCACUAUUCUUGACGCUGGUUCGGUUGAGUCCAUGGAGUAUACCGCUCGCAGCUCUCCAGAUUGUUCGGACGCUUGUCGAAGAAGACAAUCUAUCGACUAUCUAAAAACCUUUACGGCCAUCAGACCUCGUCUCGGUAAAAACAGUCGAAGAUUGCGUGGAGUGUGUAAAUCCCGUGCGCGGAUAUGCGUCAGGCGAACGGACGGAGCACUUCCGGUACUCGCAGACGAGUUCCUACUGAAGGAAGUCGAUCGUGCUAUGGCAAUAUUUGUUACACGCAAAAAAACCGAAGGCCAAAGCCUCACAAUCAAAGAGGUUAGAAACAAAGCAAACCAGAUGGUAACUGUCCUGCGAGGCAAAAAGACUCUUUACAGAGUAGGUAGAAAAUGGGCCCGUGUUUUUCUAAAAAGGCCAGACAACGCCCCGAGUCAGGGUAGUUUCUGUGAAAAUCGCGUAUCGCUGACCCAAAAUCAGCAGCGACUGCAUUGGAAAAAGGUGAACGUAGGCAGGUAUCUUUUGGACUACGCAGACGCCAGUCAAACCCGAGGAUGCUACGGAGAAGUGCCGAGACACCAUCCUACUUUGUGGUGGCAGGCCAUGGAUACACGUUUCAACGGACCCGAACUGUCCACAAGGUCUAUAUCAUCUUAAGUAAUCGUCGCUGGCCUUUAUGAUUGGUGAUCGAUGCCUAUCUUCCAUGGUAUUGAGUAGUUACACCCAGAAUAGGCUCUGGCAGGCAUAGCUAUGUGAUUUUACCUAUACUUAGGAAGGAUACUUAGGAAGACCACUUUCGAUCGAAUUGCAUUGCAAGUCACUCACUCGCACAUUUAUUUACAAUUCCACAGUCAUUUGUGCAAUCCUGGCAUGAAUAAUAUUCAUGGUCAAAUUAACCGGUACACACAAAACCCAUUCACGAUAUUGCUCCGAACCUCCUGACAGAGCUUAAUGCUGGCGGAUGAAUACUAGUCAAAACAGACGUUCCCUCUGUCUGUUCCAAGUUCAAACGAAUUAAGGAUCGUUACUAGAUUCACCAUGUACCAUAUUGUUUGUCAUCCCAAAGAUUGUAGAACGUUGCAAUCGCGUCUUGUGUUUAAGGACUACACGAGCCUUUUGUAAGGGGAACUAAACUGGAAGAAAGGAGAGAGAAAGAGCAGGUGAACCUUUUCUCCCUCUACAUGUAAAUGUUCGUACAGAUAGAUAUGUAGAUAGAGUAACGAAUUAUUUAAACCUCGCACGCAAUGUUUCGUUGGUCCAUGAACCUAACCUUCUGAAAGCUUCGGCGAGAUGUUGGUGGGUAGUGGAAAGCCUACCCCUUAAAUAGUAGCUCUGCGAUCGGUGUUGUCCAUUAUUAAAAUUUCAUAGCCACAGGCGCCACGUGACUAAGCGGCCUCUUAUUAAGUUAAAAUCGAGCUGGCUUUUCAAUAUGCCAUGUGAACGUUGGUGUCGGGAAUAUGCUAUGGCGUGUAAAGGACUGACAAGGACACUGAACUCUGCGCGCUCAGGUUUGUUCCCUGAGGCUAGGACCAGAUUCGCUAUAGACACAGCAAUAACCUUGUUGAAAACAGAACUACAUUUAAAAUACGAAUAUCUAAUAUGUAGUUUAUUAUUGAUGAAGUGGUAAGAUAAGCACUAACGCUAAUAAAGUAAAAUGCUAUAAAAUAUGAUUUUUCAUCAUUUUAUCCUAUUAUACCUUCGUUAUGGCGAUACCAAAAAAGAACACAAAACCAAAGCCUUUACUAAAUGAAUGUGAUAAGCAUUUUGUGUGAACGUGAGUUCCGAACGUUUACAAGGCGACACUUUGAGACCAAGCGUUUCAUGGUAGUCAAUGUUACACGGUAAUAUAAUAGGAAUCACGCUACGCGCCAUUGAGAUGCGCGGGUCUUGAUGUAUAAUUAAUUUUACGUGCAGUUGACAACUAUAGAAUUUUUAAAAUGUCAUGCUUGUCUCCGUAUGCUAAUCUGUAUGGUAACGAAGAAAAAAACACACAUUAAAUUUGGUUAGAGAAUUGUUUGGGUCCUCAUUCAGUUAGCGAGAUCACGAUGGAUAUAACAACAUGAUUCAACUUUGUUAUAAUGUCCACGUAUAAGGUGAAUUGAUUUACUUUAGGACAUCAACGAUGUAAAGCGUGUUAGUUUUGAAUGUUUCCAAUCACAUGUGAAAUCGUUGCCAAAUGAUAUAAAACACACACAUUUAUUAUGAAUCAUUUAGUGAGUUUUCAAUUAUAGCAAAGGUAUUUCAUUUGAAUACUAUAUGGAAAGCAGCUGCUUCUCGCUAUCAGCGUCCAAAGACACAGAAAUCGUGUCCAAAAUCCUCGUUACUACAUUGUUUACUUGGUCUAUUCGUGUUAACAAAUGCGCCAUAUUUUUGAGUGAUCAAAUCUACUCUCAGAUCAGAUCAGUACUUGAGGCAAAGCUACCGAUCACAAAUCGGCACGAAUGGUUUGCCUAUUUUGUAGGUAAAUGAGAAACGAAAACUAUAGAACAUAUAAACUAGUCACUUUUGAAGUUGACCAGGUUUGUUAAAAACAUGACAACAUGAGACAAACGGAUGAGUUUGUUAAACGCUUUUGUAUAGCAGUGCUGUACCAGAGUCGAAUUUUAAGUAAAGCUAUGUUGUCAUCAGAAGAUUGUUUUUAAAAUUGAGCGUUUCGAUAACUUAUAGACCAGCAUUUGCUGCGUCAUUUCAACGUUUAAUAGCCGACAUUCGGCUAAUAACACUUGAGCGCAACUACUCGUACCCGUUUAUUCACAACUUGUUGACUCGGGUCGCGUUUUUCAACUUUUAACUUGAACGGUUAAACUUUAAACGUUAAAAAGAUUACUUCCUUAAUCCCCUAUCGAGUCCUUACGCACAAUUUUUUAGUCGUUGAUUUUAUUAAUGCUGAGUAUAAUGUUCUAUCGAAAGAACCGUAAACUCUCUUGUGCUAACGGAAUUCCAGAGAAGCCUUUAAAGGCAUCCCAUCGCUUUAUAAACAAGUCGCCCCCUUUAUUAUGCACAAACUGAC